AUGGCGACCACAACGCUCAACCGUACAGACGCCGCAUGUCAGAUCCACAAGCUACCCACCGAGCUGUUGGAAAACGUCUUGCUAUAUGCCGUCAGCCACGUCAACUCACCUGGAAUGGAUGAACAUGGGAGACUCCGCAAUAUCUCGGCGCCAGGCCCAUCGACUAUUCUGGACUUCCGCUCAACAUGUCGGAAAUUUCGGGAUGCAUCUUACCGAGCACUUGCAAAGGUCAUUGGGGAAACUAUUUACGAUUUACGCUCGAAGAUAAGCAUCCAGAACCUAGAGACCUUAUCAAAGACGGCGCAAUUGGCGCGCUGGGUCACAAAGUUGACUUUCUCUUGCCUUAUAGUGAAUGAAAGUUUUCCAAUACAGCUGAAAGGAUUCCAUGACACCCUUGGACCAGCCCUUACGAAGCUGCAUCCAGAGAUUCGUCAGGAGUAUGCACAAGUCAAGGUAGAGGAGGAAGCUUGGUAUUCAGAGAUCUGGCCUCCUGCGUCAGAUUUUGAGCUGUUGGUGCAGUCCCAGCCGAGAGUGCUGGUGUUUUAUCAAUCAACACAAUGUACACUCGGUCAAACAUUGGUUGAGUGCAUUGAACGCAUGGCGAAUCUGGACCAUUUUCAAUACUCUUGGGCCAACGAGCAAACAUCUCCGGGAAGAUAUCGCAAGCUUCGUUCUUUGGGUGUCGGAGAAAUGAAGGGUGCUUGCUAUCCUGAUCCUACCGCUUCUGCGCUACAUGCACAUCUUGGUCUUGAGAUCCUGAUAAGUGCAAUAGCCAAGUCAAAAGUGCGGCCGCGUACUCUUGAGCUUGCUGUAGAGCUUCACGAAAGCCAUACUUUCAUCACCAACUGCCCCGAGAGCUUGGUAGCAGCAGCCUGUUCUGAGGUGCAGAACCUGCUUCUACUGAACAGCUACGAUCUACAGCUUCGAGCCAGAACAUAUCGAGGACGACUACCACCACCAUCGCGGGCUUCGAUAAACAAGUCAAACUUUCCCGCUCUGAAGAACUUAACCUUGUAUCACAACAAUCGUAUUGGGAUCAAUCCUGGUCCGUUACCAUUGCCGUCAGAGGUUCCCGCUCUUCAGCGACUCGUCAUCUUGGAUGCUGUACUCGCCGAACCGGACCUGCUGUCCUUUAUCCGGCUAUAUGGCAUGCAUGUCGAACAACUUGUUCUCCGAAGAAGUUGUUACGACUGGGAUUUAUCGCUGGUCGAUCUAUACAACGCCAUGGGUUACCGUCAGCUCAAGCAUCUCACAAUCGACGUCUCAUGGGCUGGCCUUAUUCUACAUCAACUUCAUAAGUGGCGCACCUACGACGACGCCAUAUUCGCCCAGAUGCCACAAGAUCUGGUCAAGAGCUUGGCCAAAGAAGUUACCGUACUUCCGGUCGAAUUUGCCAGGGUGCUGGAGGAAUAUUGGGGCGAGAAUGGGUUGUUUCAUGACGAAAUUGAAGUAAAGAGAGGUCAUGCUGAAGUGUAG